CGUUACUGCUGUAUGUUUCCUUCGUCUUACCUAGUUGAAUCUAGUUUCAACCGUGUAACUAACUUACUGUGAAAAGCCUGUAACCAACUCGACAUUGUAGAAAGAGAUGUUCUUCAAUUAUCAUUGAGAACGUUGGAGCCGAAUGUUGCUAGACUAGCUGAGUAGCAUUAACCACAAGGUUUGCAUUAAAUAAAAUAGCACUAAAUUACAAUCUUCUUUUAAUAAAUACAUUCCUAUAUAUUUAUGACUGAUUUUACAAGUGAAUAUUCAUUUUCCACGGAAUUUAGCGUUUAUUUCUUCAGGAAAUAUUAUAACUACACAUUGGAAACCUAUCCUAAACUUGAAUAUAUUAAAUAAUUUCUAAAGGUCGCUCCUGUCUAUGCUGCUUUCCUUUAAUUGCCUUAUCUAUGAAGCAACUUAUAUCCUGGUCUUGGUCAAUCUCGUAAAUGCAGACAAUUCCGUCCAGAUGUUCCAUAUCCAUCUGUUUUCUGCCGCAGCUUCUUUCACGUUAGCGAAAGAUGUCGAAUUUUGGGCAGAGAAAAGAAAUUGAAGCCACGAUUAUAAAAAUGAAUGUAGUCUUCUUCUUGGUCCUGGUGUUUGGUCUAGGGACAUGUGCUGUGGUGAAAACGGAGCCAAAGAUAAACGAAGAUGAGAUAGUUGCUGCUGCAACUAUCUUGAAUGAAAUUACAGAAGAGCACCAAGUUAGUGGAGAGGUCGAAAAUUCUGUGUUGGAUAUCGAGUCGCAAGAUGAAAAACUGAGCACUGAUGUAUUCAAAAAUGGUGAUGUGAAGAACAAUGAGAUAAUGAGAUGUCAUUGGAGAGCAAUUUUAGGAAACUGCACCCUAUCCGCUCCCCAUAUUGCGCCUUUCAGUGUUUAUAUGAGACUUGUCAAAUAUGGAAUGGACGUUUCCGUGAUGUAUCAUCAUCGGAAAAUUGAUAGCAUACAUAUGGGUGAGUAAUCUAUUUUUAUUUUAUUGAUAGAGGUAACUGUCUAUAAAAAAAAAUAGGCAGAGUAGGGGUAGACUUAAAUCAUGAUUUUAAUUAACAAUUAAAGGAGAAAGACACUAAGAAAAUUAAGAUGCUGACGCAGGGAAAAUAUUGUUAGGAGCACGAUGGGGGAACGUUUAUAAACAAUAUUAUUAUGUUACUUAGAUUUAUAUAAUAAAUCAAGGGUAGGACAAAGAACACAAGCGAAAACUCAACAAAACACAACAUGUGGAAAGAUAGACGAUAACAUAGCAAACGGUAAACAGGACAAAAGCUAAAUGAAUGGACAAUUCUCAACCGAUUUCCUUUUCAGCCAAUGAUAUAUGUGUUAUGGC